AUUUCUUCUUCUUCGUGUUGUUGCAUUGCAAUUGCACCCCACCCCCAUCUCCCCCUCUCGCCUCGCGCGAGAUCAAUCGAGACCCCGCCGGCGAAUCCCUCGCCGGAGCGGCGCAGCGCCUCCGCCUCCGCCUCCGCGCGAUUAAUUCCGGCAACCGCGGAGUCCUUCGCCCGCGCUCGCCGCAUUUCAUGCCCUAGGAGGCUGCCGUCUCGGCCCCCCAUGGCCGGAACCCUCCGCGACCCCAGCGCCGGGUCGGGCGGCGAAGCGGCGCCCACUCCUCCUCCUCCUCCCGUGGCCGCGCCCUUCGCCCAGUACCUCUCGCUGGAACCUCUUGGCUGGGUGGAGCCCAAGCACUCGCGCCACGGCGAGCUCAGGAGGGCGCUCCAGCACCAGGCGGACGACAAGCCCCAAGAGCUCAGGCGGAUCCGCUCCAGCGUAGCCGACUCCUCCUCCAAGGCCAGGGAGAAGGUGAGGUCAAUGCAGGAGGCGGUGCAGAAGGUGGACAGGUGCAGGAACGUGCUCAAUCGGAAGCGCCAGAGGAGUGAGCCUGCUGCUGCUGCUGCUGCUGGGGCUGAAAAGCCCUCUGGUUCCGGUGCACUCAGGAUUGGAGCCCAGAACAGCAACUCUUCUGCGGUCAUGAGCAAGCGUGUCCGCUCCUCGCUGGCGGAUGGACGGUUGGAAGGACGCAGUAAUAUUUCUACAAGGCAAAGCCCUUUAGUUAAUAAUGAGAAAAGCUCACUUGUGGAGAAGGAAAAAAGUUGUGGACGAACAUCUGGGCUGUCCGAAGACAAAUUACAGGGUUUAUCUACUGGAGGUGAAGGUUGGGAGAAAAAAUUGAAACGCAAGCGCUCCAUUGGAACAGUGCUUAACAGAGGCAAUGAUGCUGAUCGAGAUGUUAAAUCCGGGGGUCAACACAGACCAGCCAAUGAAGCAAACCCACGACCUAGUGAUGGUCCUUCACAUAGACAUGGAGCAUCUGCCGUAGAAUAUGCAGGUAGCAGGAUGGAUGGAAGUUCUCAGCAGAAUAGCAACUCAUCCCGUAUUCUAUGCAAGACAGAUAUGGAUCAUGCCACUCUGCCAAAUGAAAGAAGAGAGCGGUAUGUUGGAAUUGAAAAGGAGCGGGGUAUGGUAAAAGGAAACAGAGCACAAGCUUCUGAAGAUAUGCAAACUGGAAGCAUCAGUCCUUUGCCCAAGGCUAAAGCAUGCAGGGCACCGAGAACCGGUUCACACGGCAUGGGUUCAGCUUCUAGUUUCCAACGUUCAACUGGAGGAAGCGACGAAUGGGAAGAAAUACCAUACUCAAAUAAAGCAUCACUUUUGGGAGGCAUGACAAACCGCAAACGUUCCAUACAUUCAAAUGCUUCUUCACCUCCUAUUGCUUGGGUCGGUCAACGUCCACAGAAAAUGUCACGGACAAGACGAGCAAACGUUGUUUCUCCGGUCUCAAAUUUUGAUGAAGUCCUAUCUGAAGGAUCACCACUUGAUACAGCUAUUGCUGCUAAACCAACAUCUACAGAGUCCUGCGGUGUUGUGCUUACAAAAAAGGGAACUAGUAGCAAUACACAAAUGGCAAACACAAUGAAUGAUAUCCCUUCUCCUGUUGGAUUGUCAGAAAGUGAGGGAUCAGCUGUUAAAGAACGCAAGGUCAAGGAGAAAGCUACAAACAAUGGUGAGGUGGAGAACGAGGCUGCAAAUCUAGUCCGUAAUUCAGCAGGAUCAAUAGUUUCAUCAAACAAAAAUACGAUUCCUUUGAAAGAAGAGCUUCAAGAUGGUGGUGUCCGUCGUCAAGGGAGGAGUGGCAGAGGUACUAUGCAUGUUAAAGAGUACUCUUCCUCUUCCAUAUCGAAAGAAAAAUUAGAUGCUGCAGAGACAAGAAAGCCAAACAAAGGUGGGCGACCUGGAUCUGAAAAGAAUGAAAGUAAGGUGGGGCGUCCCACAAUGAAGAAAGGUUCUGAUCAAAACAAUUUGUCAUGUUUCCCUCAGGCUCUUAAUUGUGAACACACAGAUGACCGAGAAGAACUUUUAGCUGCUGUAAAUGCUGCUCGCGGCGCUAUUGUUGGUGCAUAUUGUGGCCCAUUUUGGAAGAAAAUGGAACCCAUGCUAACUUUCAUAAGCUCUGAAAAUUUGUCUUUCUUAAAAAAACAGAUUGACAUUGUUGAAGAGCUUGAUUUGGGCAUGUCUUGCGUGCCUGAUGGUGAAUAUGUUUUAGCACCCACCAAUUACAGCAGGCAGCAAACGACGGAGUUUUCAUGUCAGGAGCUAGUUCCAUCUAAUUCGUCUAUCUUACCUGAGCAAAGCGAAACCAAUGGAGUUGGAUUAAAAGGAACUAUUGACUGUUUUUCUCCUAGUGAGGAAAACCAACACCAUGUACCACAAAAGAUAGAAGCUGACAAAUGGUUUCAUGAGAUGGUCCCAAUGGAACACAGACUCCUUUCAGCUAUAGUUAUGGAAGAGGACAUCUCGGAACCCAAUGUUGUACAAAGGGAUAUACUUUUUGAAUUUUCUAAUAGCCAUGUUCCUUGCGCUGCAAGCAGAUUCUUAGGAAAUGAACUUCAGGCUAGUGCCAUAUCAUCUAAUUUUGGAUUGAGUGUUGAUUUCAUGAACUCAAACAAUUCUUCGGUUGUACAUCAAAGCCUGAGCAAUGGGUUCACAUCUUCCAGCAGUUUCAUCAGUUCAAGUAGUCAAAGUUCAGUCCAUAAUGAUAAUUUGUCUGAUGAAGUCAAUUUCGUAUACCCUGAAAAUGGCCCUUUUGAUAACUUGAUACCGCAGACUUCUUCACUACGUCAAAAGCCAGGAAAAAACUUCUCUUCAUCUCCACAUGAAUACCAAUAUGGACAGAUGUCUGUGAAUGAUAAGAUUUUCAUCGAGCUUCAAAGUAUUGGCAUUUUCCCGGAGGCAGUGCCAAAGCUAGAUGAUGGAGAGGACAAUAACAUCAAUAAAAUGAUUUCAGAGUUGAGGAAAAGGCUGCAUGAUCAGGUGAAGCAAAAGAAAUGUAAAUUAAGUAAGUUAGAGAAAGCAAUUCAAGAUACAAAAAGUAUCGAGGAGAGGAGCUUGGAGCAACAUGCAAUGAAUAAAUUGGUUGAAAGGGCAUACCGAAAACUUAAGGGUGGGCGAACUGGUUCUAGUCACAAGGCUGGUGCUAGUAAGUCUGCCAGCAAGGCUGCAAAACAGCUUGCUUUGGAUUUUGCCAAGCGUACUCUCUUGCGGUGCCAAAAAUUUGAGGAAACAAAGAAAAGCUGCUUCAGUGAGCCUUCCCUUUGGAGUGUUCUAUCUGCGCCCUUGCCAAGCAGCGGCACAAAAUCUACAGAAGGCGUAGAGAGACUGAAGCAUCAAAAGCAAGACAGAAGUACUUUAAAUCAUGGUGGCACAAAAUGGAACAAGUGUGAUAGGGAAAGGGAACACAGCAGAGAUGCAUCUGCCAAGGGUUCUGGUACGAAGUCAGGGCGUCAUUCAUCAGGCAGUGGGAGGAGUGGUGAACGUAAAAACAAGACAAAGCCGAAGCAAAAGAUAGUACAGCUAUUAUCGACUUCUGGAAAUGUUCUUGAUAGAGCUGUGGAGUCGGUUCCAACACCGGCAAUGCAGGAGCCCCCUCGACCGUCAGUUCCUCUGGGUGCAAAAAUUACCCAGCAACCAAGGAACCAUCCUGAGAAUGCUGCUUCACGAUUGCCGGAGGCUCCCCUGACCAAUUUGCCUGGAUUAUUUGAUAUAUUUGCUGGAACAGAAGGGCUUGGCGAACAGGGCAACGAUAUCAGUUCUUGGCUUACUGAUGAUCUUGAUGUACCACAAGACUUUGAUCUUUCAGGCGCCUUAGAAAUCCCACUGGACGACAUUGCUGAGCUGGGUUUUAUGUAAGUAAGGAAACGAACCAAUUGUUCUUUAUCCUGCGCCGUGAAUAUGUGGGGAGUUUGGACAUGAUGUUAGUAGGUUUACCCUACCUAAUGGGUAUAAGUAGAGUUAACCGAUUGUUUUCUCUGCCUCAAUCUGGCAAGAGCUUUAAGUGUUUAACUAGGUUGGUCGGUCGUUUUUUAUCUCAUUGAACUGUUGAUAGCCGCUAGGUAAACUUAUUGGCAGAAGAAGACGAGGUAUUCUAUUGAUUCCUCGUGAUUGUGCUGAGUUUAUCAACUUGUGAAUAUGAAUGA